GAACCUGAUAAAAUAGAAUAUGAGCUACCCAUAAAUUUGGAAAGUGGAAAAAUAGGUGGAGAAAUCAGUAUCUUUUCCCCGCAAAAGAAAAUAAGAUAAAACUCUGAAAUCAUACUUAUAAUCAUUUGUCAAUUGUCGUCAGCAAAUGAUCAGUUUUAACGCAAUGGAGCCUUCCAAUUGAAGCAUUCAGGAAGCUUUGUUAGGAUCUGGCUUUUUUCUUGUAGAGAAAGAUUGUUAAAAACUCAUUGAUGGACUUGAGACCAACUGAUUGCCACCCUGGUGCUGCCAGUAGUGUGGUUGAUCAAAGGGAAGACAUUUGUCAUGGUGAAGGUGCUAGUAGAAAUAUGGUCGAUCUUGUCAGUGUGGUACAUGAUCGUGAUGGAGGAGCUGGUACGUGUGCGACAAACAGUUUUCUUCUUGAAGGAGACAUUGAAAUUGGGCCAGACAAUGACCUUCAGUUUGAGUCGCAUGAAGCUGCGUACAAGUUCUACCAAGAAUAUGCUAAAUCUAUGGGAUUCACGACCUCAAUAAAGAAUAGUCGACGUUCAAAGAAAUCGAAAGAUUUUAUCGAUGCAAAGUUUGCGUGCUCCAGAUAUGGAGUCACUCCAGAAUCUGAUGUUGGUAGUAGCCGGCGGUCUGGCAUUAAGAAGACUGAUUGUAAGGCUAGCAUGCAUGUCAAGAGAAGCAAGCAUGGGAAAUGGGUCAUACACGAGUUCAUAAAGGAGCAUAACCAUGAACUUUUACCAGCACUUGCAUAUUAUUUUCGUAUUCACAGAAAUGUGAAAUUGGUUGAGAAGAAUAAUGUUGAUAUAUUACAUGCUGUUAGUGAACGAACAAAAAAGAUGUUUGUUGAUAUGUCAAGACAGUCUGCUAGUUUUUUUAAUCAUGGAUCCCUAAGGCAUGCACUUGGUUCUCAACUUGACAAAGGUAAUCACUUAGUUCUAGAUGAAGGAGAUGCCCAAUUCUUACUUGAUUACUUCAUGUGUGUCAAGAAAGAAAAUCCUAAAUUCUUUUAUGCAAUAGAUUUGAAUGAAGAACAAUAUCUUAGGAAUUUCUUCUGGGUUGAUGCUAAAAGUAGGAGUGACUAUACAAGUUUUAGUGAUGUUGUCUCUCUUGACACCUCAUAUAUAAGGACAAAUGACAAGUUGCCACUUGUUCUCUUUGUGGGGGUGAACCAUCACUUUCAGACGAUGUUGCUUGGCUGUGCAUUGAUUGCAGAGGAGCUGACAUCAACAUUUGUUUGGUUGCUGAAGACUUGGCUCAGAGCGAUGGGUGGGAGUGCACCCCAGGUGAUUAUCACUGACCAGCAUCCAUCUAUAAAAUCUGCCAUCCAAGAAGUCUUUCCUAAUACACGCCAUUGCUUUCAUCUGUGUAAUGUUCUGGAGAAGUUCCCAGAAAAUCUUGCACACGUCACUAAACGACACGAAAAUUUUACUGGAAAAUUCAAUAAGUGCAUAUUUAAGUCAUGGACGGAUGAACAAUUUGAGUUGAGAUGGUGGAAAAUGGUUGGUAGGUUUGAUCUUCAGGAAGAUGAUUGGAUAAGGUCAUUGUACGAAGAUCGUAAGAAAUGGGUUCCUCUGUACAUAAGUGACAUCUUCCUGGCUGGAAUGUCCCCCCCUCAUCGAACUGAAAGUGUAAAUUCAUUUUUCGACAAAUAUAUUCAAAGAAAACUUACUUUGAAAGAGUUUGUGAAACAAUAUGGUGCAAUUCUGCAGAAUAGGUAUGAGGAAGAGGCUAUUGCAGAUUUUGACACGUGUAACAAGCAACCUGCUCUGAAAUCUCCUUCACCCUGGGAAAAACAAAUGUCAACUAUAUAUACACAUGCAAUAUUCAAAAAAUUUCAGGUCGAAGUUCUGGGUGUGGUUGGCUGUCAUCCUAAGAAAGACGGUGAAGAUGGAACAUCCAUAACUUAUCGAGUGGAUGACUGUGAAAAAGAUGAAACUUUUUUUGUAGCAUGGGAUGAAACAAAUUCUCAGGUGUCGUGUUUAUGUCGUUCAUUUGAGUACAGGGGUUUUUUGUGUAGACAUGCUAUGCUUGUUCUCCAAAUUUGUGGUAUCUCUAGCAUACCAUCUCAGUACAUAUUAAGGAGGUGGACAAAAGAUGCAAAAACUAGGCAAUUGAUGGUAGAAGGAACUGAUCGUUUGCAGACCAGGGCACAGCGUUAUGUGGCCUUGUGUAAGCAAGCCAUUGAACUGAGUGAAGAAGGAUCUUUAACUCAAGAAAGUCACAAUAUUUCCUUGCGAACACUGGUGGAUACUUUGAAAAAUUGUGUUAGUGUGAAUAAUAUGAAUAGAAACGCUAUUGAAGUUGGGGACACCUUUUGUGCUCAUGAUAUUGUUGAACCAUAUCAGGGAAAUAUGUCAACUAGAACAAGCAAAAAAAAGAAUGCAGUGAAGAAGAGGAAGGUUACCUCAGAAACAGAUGUCAUGCUGACUGAUGCUGAGGACAAUUUGCAUCAACUGGAAAGUUUAACCUCUGAUGGGAUGUCUCUCAAUAAUUACUAUGGCUCGCAACAGAAUGUGCCAGGACUGGUACAGCUGAACUUAAUGGAGCCACCACAUGAUAGUUACUAUGUUGAUCAAGAAAGUAUACAAGGGCUGGGACAAUUGAACUCCUUAGGACCAAACCAUGAAGGGUUUUUUGAGGCUGAACAAAGUGUACAUGGGCUGGGACAUUUGGAUUUUCGAUCAUCAUCUAGCUUCUCUUACAGCUUACAGGACGACAAUAAUUUAAGAUCUACACAAUUACGUGGAGAUGCUGCUAGGCACACUUGAGAAAGAGAAAUCUUCGUGCAUUGGUCAAGUUGUAGAUAUCUUCAAAGGGUAUUCUCUGACCCUCGUUAUUAUUUGAGAAAGGUAAUAUCAUGUUUCUAUGGGGAUUUCGUUUCAGAGAGGAACAGCUGUAGAGUUCCAUGUCACAUCCAUUUUGAGGAGAAAAUACAAAACCUGCCUCAGAAUGCAAAUUCAGGGUUGGGGUCAAUUUCACCAUUAUACUGACUCAUUCAUAUUUAUCCAUCUAUCAUGGCUUCCGUUGGUUCCUGUUGCCUACUUUGGAUAGUCUGUUGGAUUGGAAGGUAGUCACUGCACUGCUAUUUUUGUGGCUCUGGUGCAGAAUCUGAGAAUGUUAGCCAAGUUGGGUUUUUAGGUAGCUUCACUACAGAAAAUGGCUUGGGCAAUAAAAUGCAGGAGAAGAAGUGGUGGCAAACAUAAUUUAUAUCUGUCAUGUAUGGCAAGCAAUGCUGUCUGCUCAUGAAGCUGUUGGUAACAAUACUUUGUUUGAAGUUUCUUGCAGAAGCUCAGAUGAGAUGACAAGUAUCAUUACUGUUUUGAGUUUAAUUGAUCUUGUUUGUAAACUGUAGCUUUUGAUGGUUUUAGUAUAUGCUCUGCUGGCUGUAGCAGUUUAAUUUUGA